CCCGAGCUGGCGCCUGCGCACUUCGUCUCCGCCGCUGCUGUGGUCUCGCGCCCCACUCCCCAGUUUCCCCCAGGCUCGCGCUCAGCAGCGGAGGUGGCGGUGCUGCCGGGAGCGGAUGCACCGAGUUAAAGGUGGGGGUUGGGGGUCCACAGCCUGCAGAGGGGCCAGCACACCUUUCCCAUCCUCGGGGCGCCCCCCAUCUUGCCCCCACGGCUAACGGUCGCGGGGCCGAAUGCGGCCCACCAGAAGGGCGCGGAAGGGGUGUAGGCGCGUGUCCAGGGACUAGCAGGGCUCAGCGAGGGAGGGGCGCGCCCACUAUCCCUGCUGGCCUACACCGACCCCGCCUACACCGCGGUGCAAGGACCAUAGGCAAGACUCCCGGCUGUGGCCCAUGGGCCUCUGAGGAGGCGUAAGUCUGCCCAGCUUCCCACUUGCUGUGUUCCCACUCAAUGGGAAGGGAACCAAGGUACCAGGGCAGUGUGGGUCCAGUCAUUGACACAGAAUCAAAGGCCAGGCCAGGCAGGCCUUGUCCACCAUCAGCCACGGCCUCCUGACAACACCAGGAUGGAAGUCAAAGGUCAGCUGAUCAGCUCUCCUACCUUCAAUGCCUCAGCUGCCCUUUUUGGAGAGGCUGCCCCCCAGGUGAAGUCAGAGCGUCUGAGGGGACUGCUUGACCGGCAGCGGGCCCUGCAAGAGGCCCUGAGCCUGAAACUUCAAGAACUCCGAAAAGUGUGUCUCCAGGAGGCGGAGCUGACUGGCCAGCUGCCCCCUGAGUGCCCACUGGAACCUGGCGAACGGCCCCAGUUGGUGCGCCGUCGGCCCCCUGCAGCCCGUGCCUACCCUCCACUGCAUCCUAAUCCAGCACAUCACUCCUUGUGCCCUGUUGAGGAGCUGGAACGGGAAGUGUCGGUGCAGCAGCAGAUUGCAGCCGCUGCCCGACGCUUGGCCCUAGCCCCUGAGCUGAGUGGUGAACAGCGGCGACGCAGGCGCCAGGUACAGGCGGAUGCACUGAGGAGGCUGCAUGAGUUGGAGGAGCAGCUGGGGGAUGUCCGGGCCCGCCUUGGCCUCCCAGUUCUCCCUCCCCAGCCACUGCCGCUGUCUGCAGGGGCACUUAUCACCACCCAGGGAGUCUGCCUGGGCACACGCCUAGCUCAGCUCAGCCAAGAAGAUGUAGUUCUGCACUCGGAGAGCAGCUCCCUGUCAGAGUCUGGGGCCAGCCAUGAUAAUGAGGAACCCCGUGGCUGCUUCUCUCUGGCAGAGCGCCCCUCGCCACCAAAGGCUUGGGACCAGCUGCGAGCAGUAUCUGGGGGGAGCCCUGAGCGACGAACCCCAUGGAAACCACCUCCUUCAGAUCUUUAUGGGGAUCUGAAGAGCCGGAGGAACUCUGUGGCCAGCCCCACCAGCCCCACACGCUCGCUGCCCAGGAGUGCUUCCAGUUUUGAGGGGCGAAGUGUGCCUGCCACCCCUGUCCUCACCCGGGGCACUGGCCCCCAGCUCUGCAAGCCCGAAGGCCUCCAUUCUCGACAGUGGUCCGGCAGCCAAGACUCCCAGAUGGGCUUCCCCCGGGCGGACCCUGCCUCAGAUCGCGCCUCCCUCUUCGCAGCUCGCACUCGCCGCAGCAACAGCUCUGAGGCCCUGCUGGUGGACCGGGCUGCUGCUGGGGGAGCUGGCUCUCCGCCUGCCCCUCUGGCUCCCCCUGCCACUGGCCCACCAGUCUGCAAGAGCAGUGAGGUGCUGUAUGAGCGCCCCCAACCAACCCCUGCCUUCUCCUCUCGCACAGCAGGGCCCCCAGACCCUCCCCGGGCCGCCAGGCCUAGCUCAGCUGCCCCUGCUUCCCGUGGAGCCCCCCGGCUCCCACCUGUGUGUGGGGACUUCCUCUUGGACUAUUCCUUGGACCGAGGCCUGCCCCGCAGUGGCGGCGGGGCAGGCUGGGGGGAGCUGCUGCCUGCAGCUGAGGUCCCAGGACCACUCUCCCGCCGGGAUGGGCUCCUCGCCAUGCUCCCUGGCCCACCACCCAUGUAUGCAGCUGAUGGCAGCAGCCCCCUCCUCCGCAGCAAGGACCCCCACACCCGUGCCACCCGUACCAAGCCCUGUGGCCUGCCCCUGGAAGCUGCUGAGGGUCCAGAGGUGCAUUCAAACCCUCUGCUAUGGAUGCCCCCACCCACCCGGAUCCCCCCGACGGGUGAGCGCAGUGGCCACAAGAACCUUGCUCUGGAGGGGCUGCGGGACUGGUACAUCCGGAACUCGGGACUGGCCAUGGGGCCCCAGCGCCGGCCUAUGCUCCCUCACGUGGGCCCACCACACCCACCCUUCCUUCAUGCCCGCUGCUAUGAGGUGGGCCAGGCGCUGUACGGGGGCCCCAGCCAGGCUCCGCUCCCGCACUCGAGGAGUUUCACGGCACCCCCUGUUUCCAGCAGGUAUGGGGGGUGCUUUUACUGAUGGGUAGGGGUCUCUUGAGGUAAUUGGUGAAGAUAUCCAGGCCAGGGAUCAGCUAGUCAUGAUAGCUAAUGACUGGGACCACAAGGAAACUAGCUGCAGUGUUGACACAGGUCAUUUCCAGGUGUGACCUGCACUAGGCCUUGAGGUCCUGGUAGAGGGGGAUCCUGGGCACUGGUAGCAGUUCCUUACCAAGUCCUAGAAGGAGUUUAAUGUUUUAACCAGUGCAUGUUGGCUGGAAAUGAGCCUUGAAGCCAGGGUGCUGGGAGGAAGGGACGUCAUGUGCCCUCACCUUUCUCUUCCUCUUUUCUCCAUGCCCCAUGCUGGGGAGCAUAAAGGUGCUUUUCUGUGCCUGCCUCCACCUCUUUAACGAGACUCUUUUCCUCUUUCUUUCUGUGUCUUGUCUGUCUUUUCCUCUCUCUUCUCUGUCUUCCCCACCCUGUCCUCCGGAUUCCUGCUGUCCCCUUCUAAAGAUACUACGCGGACUUCCUGUACCCCCCGGAGCUGAACGCUCGUUUAAGUGACCUGACGCUAGAGGGGGACCAGUCUUCCAGUUCUGACCCCCAGACCCCAGGGACACUGGUCUGACCCCUUCUGAUAUGCCCCUUGUUGGUCUGGGCAUGGCUCUAGUCCUGGGAGCACAGAGCCGACCUCGCUGAGCCCUGGGAUGUGGUUGCUCUCACUCCUGGGCGGGGCGCCAACCUGAUCUUCCAAGGCCCCUGGCUCCCCAUGGGCCCGGGAAGGUGUCUAAUACCCUGCUUCUCUCACACUGUGCUGGGGACUGGGGGACCUCAGCCAGCUUCAAGGAGAGUGAAUGAUGUAAUGGGGAUUCCAAUCCCCUUCCUCCAUUUCUGUUUACAGUUGUGAUUUAGUAUUCACUGUCUUUGCCCAAUACUAGGCAUUUUAUAAAAGGGAAACUGUGAGCUCGUCCUGGUUGGGUUCAUUCCUGUUCCCCUGCCCAACCUGUUCUGUUCAGGUCCGCUGCCCCCUCCAUAAUGGACCAUAUAGGGUCUUAGGACCCUUUUGGGGGGUAGUCAGGAGACUCUGUUGUGAACAGAACUCCCUGCCACUCCCCAAACCAGGGCAGUUUGGAUUUCUGCCCACAUUUGGAAGGAUUAAAUUCUGGGUGGGGUGCCCUAUCCCUCUCUGUGCUGAUCAUUCCCAAUCAGGAGGCCCUGUAGGAGGCUAACAAGGGGCAGAGCCAUUCAGUAUAUUGCAUCCUGGGAUGCUGUGGUGGUUGAACCUGGCAUCUGGUAGAUGCCAGUACAAUCCUCAGGUGACGUCUGGCCAUGGGCCACAGGCCACGUCACAUCCUCCUUGGCUUUCCUUCAAUUCAACACUUUUUAAACAAAUCCAUACAAUCUGUGUUUUCUAUGAUACCUGUCUGUGACUUUCUGGAGCUGGGGGUUCCCCUACCCCCUUUACCUAGUGUUAAAAUUUUUCUUUUUGUACCAGUGGAUCUGGGCCCAAGACACUACCCACACUGGAAGGGGAUUUCUAUAAUAAAUGUGUAAACUGAA